AUGGCUCCGGAAACGUUCAACGCAAAGACUACCUUAGCCACACUUCCCCCAGAGCUUCUAGCUCAGAUUGUCGUGCAUCUUGACACCGCCAGGGCAAUAUCUCAUCUGGCAUCGACUUGCAGAAAGGCAUAUGCCUUUGUGGAGAACGAUGGCUUCCGGAUUUUUGUGCAGACCAGGUUUCCAUAUAUCAGGCCUCCUACCAAACCUAGCCCUUCAUUCUGGAAAGAAGCGGCCCACGGUAUCACAAGCCUUUCAAAGAAUUGGGAUCGCAAGGCUUUCGUUGCAUGGAGUAUAAACCCUCAGAAGGAGAUCAGUCAGGACCUUCGGAGCCAAAGAUCGCGUGGCCGACCUGUGCAAGUUGGCCAGACUAUGGGAUUUACUCCAGUCAUUGAUAGUUACGAAGCAUGGUACGGGGGUGAUUGGUCUUCGAGAAAAGAGGUUGUUGCAUGGGGAGCUGGCGCUGCACUAUACAUGCGGGGUAAGAUCAUGGGCAAGAACAAGAAACACAAAUGGCAGAGUUCGGACAUGGGACACUUGAAAGGCAUAAAUGCACAUAAACAGAGAUAUGCAUACGCCAUCUACAAUGAAAAAGGGGCACAUGAGGGGCUGGACGACAUUACGACUGUCAGUCUUCUACCGCAAUACGGUUUAGACGAUCCUGAACAAGUCAUAAUAGGUAAGGCCAGCGGAGGGCUCUCUCUGAUCAGUCUGUCCACAGAAACAGCUCAAAGCAAGAUUCUGUCAUCUUAUGAAACCCAGGGACGUCCAGUUAGAUCGGCUGCUACAAAGUCCGAGAGCAACCCACUGCUUGCCGCCUGCUUGUCUGACUCCACAAUUGCUCUUUAUCCCAUCGAUCCAACAAGUAGUCAAGUACAGCCAAUUUCUCAGGUAUCUGCAAAUCCAUUCAAUCAAUCAAGGACAUGGUGUUCUCGCUUCUUGCGGCAUGAUCGGUUGAUUGUGGGCCUCGGCCCUUCCCAAGAACCUCUCCACGUGUACAAUAUUGGACAAGGCGAGAUAAAACAAGAGAAAGUGCGUGUAUUAGAGCUCAGCGACUUUAGUGCAAAUGCGCGAUUGGAUUUGCGAACGGAGAACGGAGUUCGUAGCGCCACUUCAGUAUACUCCCUAGCGCCUAUCGAUGUAUCAUCGUCGGCUGGAAGAGCAGAAGAGAACAUGUUCUUGAGCGGAGCCUAUGAUGGCCUGACCUGUCUCCACGACCUGCGCUCCGCAAAUUCGAUUGCCGCUGUAUUUCGCGAUCCGGUGGACACUUUCUCACCAAUAUAUUCUCUGCUUUCAAUCGGUACUGAACGUUUUGUUGCCGGCGGUGCUCGCCAUUCUAUCAUCAAGGUCUUUGACCUCCGCAUGCCGGGCGGCAAGUUGUAUCAUGCAGCGGAUCUAGAACCUUGCUCGGGCGCGUCCGACAAUAGACCCCGGAACUUCAAAUCAGGGAAAUGGUUGAGUUGCUGCGAGUACCAUUAUGAUUCGAAACAUAGACGCCGUGGAUGGAAUGUCUUCCUUAGGCCUAAGGAUAAUAGCAGCCGUCGUGUUACAGAAUCUCCUGUGUACGCCUUGUCCAGACCAUCGCAGUGUUCACCGACCUUCUUCGCUGGAGUGGAAAGCACAGUCCUACAACUCGAUAUGUUGUCUAUCAUGGACGAACAUCCGGAUCCAUUGUUCAAAUAUGGACAGGCUAAGACAGGGAGCAAGCACGACGUCGAGCGCAAAUGGGAUCCUCAAGGUAACGUCUUGUGCUUGCCUAUGUAUGAGCACGACACGGGACCUGUGAACUUAGUAAAGCAACGGAAGGUAGAGUACACUCAAGGCUUGAUUGAAGGAUGGGACGAGAGAUGGAAACCCGAGGAGCCUCGGCCAGUGGACGAUCGUCGGCGUCAUCACUCGUGGGGUCUUGUCUAG